AUGGACUCUGAAGAUGACACAAAAGACGAUGUCGAUUCUGGUAAUGAGUCCAGCGGAGACGAUGUCGACUUUGUCAUGGACGAGACUCACAGUACAAGGGAACGACAAACGGAACUCGAGGAAUAUCCAUACGAGGUGUUAUCUACAGAGGAAAUCGUUCAACAUAUGGUAGAUUGCAUAAAAGAAGUGAAUACAGUAGUUGAGAUACCAGCCACCACAACCCGCAUCCUCCUCAAUCAUUUCAAAUGGGACAAAGAAAAGCUAAUGGAAAGAUUUUAUGACGGUGAUCAGGAUCAAUUAUUCGCUGAGGCUAGAGUUAUUAAUCCAUUUAGAAAACCUGUAAUACAACGACCAAAGUUGCCCAGACGGAUAUCAACAUCAGGAUCGGAAGAAUGUGAAAUAUGUUUCUCAAUUUUACCAACAUCUAUUAUGACCGGUCUGGAAUGUGGACACAGAUUCUGUACACAGUGUUGGUGUGAAUAUUUAACAACGAAAAUAAUGGAAGAAGGCUUGGGCCAGACGAUAGCAUGUGCGGCUCACGCGUGCGACAUUCUCGUGGACGAUGCGACUGUGAUGCGACUCGUGAGGGACCCGAGGGUCAAACUCAAAUAUCAGCACAUCAUCACCAACAGCUUCGUAGAGUGUAACCGCCUGCUCCGUUGGUGUCCAUCUCCCGACUGCAGCAAUGCCAUUAAAGUAGCAUAUGGAGAGCCAGCAGCAGUGACUUGUCGGUGUGGUCAUACAUUCUGUUUCGCCUGCGGUGAGAACUGGCACGACCCAGUGCGCUGCAGUCUGCUGAGGAAGUGGAUCAAGAAAUGCGAUGAUGAUUCGGAAACAUCAAACUGGAUAGCGGCCAAUACUAAGGAGUGUCCUAAAUGUAAUGUGACCAUAGAGAAAGAUGGAGGUUGUAACCACAUGGUGUGUAAGAAUCAGAACUGUAAGGCGGACUUUUGCUGGGUUUGUCUCGGACCCUGGGAACCUCACGGCAGCAGCUGGUACAACUGCAACCGGUACGACGUGGACGAGGCCAAAGCGGCCCGCGACUCUCAGGAGCGCUCGCGUGCAGCGCUGCAGCGCUAUCUCUUCUACUGCAACCGCUAUAUGAACCACAUGCAGUCGCUGCGCUUCGAAUCCAAACUGUACGCAUCCGUUAAGGAAAAGAUGGAAGAGAUGCAACAGCAUAAUAUGAGUUGGAUUGAGGUACAAUUCCUUAAGCGAGCCGUGGACAUCUUAUGUCAGUGCCGUCAAACCCUCAUGUACACGUACGUGUUCGCGUAUUACCUGAAGAAGACCAAUCAGUCUGUCAUCUUUGAAGACAACCAACGCGACCUGGAGUCGGCCACUGAAACUCUAUCGGAAUACCUGGAGAGGGACAUCACUAGUGAGAAUUUAGCUGACAUCAAGCAGAAAGUGCAGGAUAAGUACAGAUAUUGCGACAGCCGGCGGAAGGUACUCCUGGAGCACGUCCACGAAGGUUACGAGAAGGAGUGGUGGGACUACACAGAAUAUUGGAAAUGUGAUAAGUCGAGUGCGGCGUCGCCAGUGGCCGCGGCCGCGGGGACCGGCAGCGGCCACUUCGACGUCCGAGUCAAGCGGACUUUAUCAAGCAAACAUCACUCCGCGUCGUUCUCCAACGCUCAUGCAUUUUUUCUGAUCGACAUCAUUUAG